AAACUCAAUUUGAUCCAUACACAAAUCACAUGGUUGCUUUGCAGCUUGUAGAGUUGUAGUGUGUAUAAAUCAUGCAAUUAUUCAUGAAUAAUUUGAGGUGGUGUUGUAAUUACUUGAAAAAGUUUAUUGAUGCUAAGAGAAUUGAUUUCAGCAGCGGUUUUUGUGGGAUUUUGAAGGAUUCUGCAAUGUUGGAUGAAAGCAAGUUUGAUGUGCAUUUGAAGUUGUGGGCACUUCGAAUCCCUCGAGAGUUCUGCAAGGUCGCAACUAAGUUGCUUAAUGGACACAUGCUUGACAGACCUCGUAUCAAGCCCAUCACUGAAGACCCAACUAGUGAAAAAACCCGUUAUGUGAUAUUAUCUGAAAGGGUUCAAAAUCCCGAUCUGUCAGAUAUUCCAACCCAGAAUCUUAAUGAAUUAAAGAAGCUAUGCAAGAUAGAAACGAUUCCGUAUUCAUUGACGCUCGGAUAUUCGUACUGGGGUGCAGACCAUGUGCUGAAGCAGGUUCUACCUCCUGGACUUGAGGUUCCUUCAUCUUUCGAAACAAUAGGCCAUAUUGCUCAUCUGAAUAUACCCGAUGAACUCCUUCCAUACAAGGAUGUAAUUGCAAAGGUCAUCUAUGAUAAAAAUCAUCCCAGAAUCCAGACGAUUGUCAAUAAAGUUGGUUCCAUUGCAAAUGAGUUUCGUGUACCAAAAUUUGAAGUCUUGGCUGGGAAACCCAACAUGGUUACAGAGGUGAAGCAAUAUGGUGCAACCUUCAAGCUGGAUUAUGGAUUGGUCUAUUGGAAUUCAAGAUUGGAGCAUGAACACAUAAGGCUAGUCAACAAGUUUCGCCAAGGAGAAAUCAUAUGUGACAUGUUUUCAGGGAUUGGUCCUUUUGCUAUUCCAGCUGCCCAGAAAGGGUGUUUAGUGUAUGCCAAUGAUCUAAACCCAGACAGCAUUCGUUAUCUUAAAGUUAAUGCAGAUAUUAACAAGGUUAACAGCAAUCUCCAUGCUUAUAAUAUGGAUGCAAGAAUUUUCAUGUCUCAAUUGAUGGCAGUGCCCAUUGGUGAAUCAACACAUGAUGCUUCAGCUUUGGGUUCAUCUGUGAAAGACAACAUUGACGAGAGUAUGAAAGCAAACUCUGAAGAAAGGAAUGCUGGCAUGGUAGAACUUCCAGGAAACAAUUUAUGUAACCAAGAGGGUGAUAAUAUCUCACCCAUGGACAAAGAAUCAAAAGUAGCAGCCGCUGAAAGAUCCCCUGAAAGCUGUAAGGAAGAAAAAGGAAGUGUAAAAUGUGCUGAUGGUCAUGUAGCUGUCAAGACAAAAGGAAGCAAAAAUAAAAGAAUAAAAACUUCCGUGCCAUUUACUGAUAAGCCGUGGGAGCAUUUUGAUCAUGUGAUAAUGAAUCUGCCUGCUUCCGCUCUACAGUUUCUAGAUGUAUUUAGGGGCCUUAUACAGAGGAAAUACUGGAAAGGAUCUCUACCGUGGAUUCAUUGCUAUUGCUUCAUUCGAUCAAGUGAGACCCAAGGAUCAGUGAUUUCAGAGGCAGAAUCUCUCUUGAAUGCUAAGAUACAUGAGCCAUUAUUUCAUCGAGUUAGAGAUGUUGCUCCAAAUAAGGCAAUGUAUUGCUUGAGCUUUCAGUUGCCAGAAGAAGCAUGCAUCCGUGAAGAUGUCACGAAUACAGCUCCAGGUUCUGUCGGUAGAUAGUAUACGUAUUAAAAUGAUCUAGAAAACACCAUGUUGUCCUUGUUUCGUGAUUUAAAUAUUGUAGGGUUUUACAUCAUUAUUCAUAAUGAAUGAUCAGUUAUUUAUGACAAUCUUCUUCAGGUAAUCCUUCAUAUUCCAUGUUUCUUGAAUUAGAUA